CCAGGAUCUUGCCGCGUCUAGCUCAUCACACCGCGUUCAACACGAUGCCUGAGAAAUGAGCCAUAGCUCAACCACCGACAAGUCAAGAUAAUGCCAAAACGGAAAUCCGCUCCAGAAGAAGAGCCACCGGUGGAGCAAGUGCGGCGGCGAUCCUCGCGCUUGCAGAGCUCGGCCAACGGAGCCGCACCAAGCGAAGUAUCAACAACCCGUGAAACCAAAACACAGCCGUCAACCAAGAAACCAAGAGCAAAAAAGACUGACAAGGUACGAUUUGUGUGCUACCCAGAUAUAUGACCUUGAUAAAAUAAUGUUGUUGCUCCAUAGCUGUACUGACCAAACCAACUCCGAGUCGCAACCCCUUGACAAGAAGUCUCCCGCGGAAGGCAAAGCCGCCAGUGAGACUGCCACAUUGUCCGACAAUGUUGCGGCUUCGGAGGGUGAGAGGAACUACUGGCUCAUGAAAGCCGAGCCCGAGUCGCGGUUCGAGAAUGGCGUCGACGUAAAGUUCUCGAUCGACGACUUGCGGGCCAAGACAGAGCCUGAACCAUGGGACGGUAUCCGCUCCUAUGUCGCCCGCAACAACCUCCGAGCCAUGAAGAAGGGGGAGCUGGCAUUUUUCUACCACUCCAACUGCAGCGAGCCCGGCAUUUACGGAACCAUGGAGAUUGUGCGAGAGCACUCGCCCGACCGUGCGUCCGUCCGUCCACUUGAGUCGAGCAGGAUGAAGCCCUAACCAAUGUUCUAGUAACCGCGCAUGAUCCCAAUGCGCCUUACUACGACCCCAAAUCCGACCCAUCGAACCCUAAGUGGAGCGUCGUGCACGUCAAGUUCCGGAGCAAGUUUGCCGUGCCCAUCCUGCUCAAGGAGCUGCGCGAGAUGGGCGCGCCUGGAAAGCCGCUCGAGAACAUGCAGCUGCUGAAGCAAUCCCGGCUCAGUGUAACCAAGGUCAGCCCAG